UGUUCCUCCCGCUCCUCCCUGCGGGGCGGCGGCGAUGGCGGAGCCGGGGAGAGCCGGCGGGAGCCCCGAGCCCCCCGUGCAGGUGUCUAUCAUUGUGCCUGUUCACAACAGUGAAUGCUGGUUAGAUGAAUGCCUGAAGUCAGUUUGGGAACAAGAUUUUAAAGGAACCAUGGAGCUGUCAAUUUUUAAUGAUGCCAGUAAGGAUGGUUCAGCUGAAAUAAUUGAAAAAUGGAAGAUCAAGUUGGAAGAAGUUGGUGUUUCAGUAAUCGUUGGAACCAACAAUUCCUCUCAGCCUCGAGGCGUUGGAUUUGCUAAAAAUCAAGCAAUAAUUCAGAGCUCAGGAACCUAUCUCUGCUUUCUGGAUUCAGAUGAUGUGAUGAUGCCACAGCGGGUUAGGCUGCAGCACGAAGUUGCCAUUCAACACCCAAACAGUAUUAUUGGCUGCCAGGUGAGAAGAGAGCCACUGGACUCCACUGAACGAUACACUCGCUGGAUCAAUAACCUCACCCAGGAGCAGCUCCUUACACAGGUGUUCACCUCCCAUGGGCCUACUGUGGUCAUGCCAACCUGGUUCUGCUCUCGAGAAUGGUUUUUUCAUGUGGGAAGAUUUGAUGAGGGUGGAAAGGGUGUCCCAGAGGAUUUGUUGUUCUUUUAUGAACAUCUCCAGAAGGGUGGUGGAGUGUUUCGAGUGAACCAUUGCCUCCUGCUCUACCGGUACCACCCCCAGGCUGCCACUCACUCUGUCCUAGAGGGAACCAUCUGGAAUCACCGAGUCAGGUUCCUUGAGGACAGAGUGCUGAGCUCCUGGACAUCAUUCACCAUUUGGAAUGCUGGCAAGCAAGGCAAGAAGCUCUACAGAAGUUUGUCACCAGCUAAUCAGAAAAAGGUAACUGCAUUUUGUGAUGUUGAUGAAAAGAAAAUAACAAAAGGAUUCUACACCUAUGAGGAAUCUGAGGAGAGACCAAAACCCAAAAUUCCUGUGUGUCACUUCAGGGACGCAGCUCCGCCCUUCGUGGUCUGUGUGAAGCUGGACAUGACAGGUGGAGCCUUUGAAACAAACCUGGCCAUGCUGAACCUGAAGGAAGGGAUGGAUUAUUAUCAUUUUAACUAAACCAAGAGGCAGUGCUGCAAUGCUGUGGUCUGCACCACCUCAUGUCAUCAUCUUGCUGCUGAAAUUGAGAAGUUCCUGCCUUUUCCCCUUCCCCAGGAAGGGCAGAGGAGCAGAGGCUGCACAUCUGUGUCUGGAAUGUGGCGCUGCCAGCCUGGAAUGCUCUCAGGAAUGGGGCUGGAAGGGCCCCACGUGUUCUGCAGCUGGCUGGGAACACCCUCAGGGACACCUCCCUGGAAAAAGCACCCCUGGAGCCCAUUCCCA